AAAAUGCUUCAGUACGAUAGCUGACGAUAGUGGACGCUACUAAAUUUGACAACGUUGUUAGCUUUAAAAAAAAUUAGUAUACGUAUCAGUUAAAAACACGAUAUGUACUCACAAUUGUUAAUACAUAUCGUAUUCAAAGCAUGUCAAGAUAUAUCAUAUAUCAAAAAGUAUUAGAAAACAAGAAAAAACUCCACGUACAAUACAUAUCAAAUACAUGCACAGUGAUUAUCGUGUGAUCAGCACAACGAGAACAAGUGUAUGAUGAGCGAACAACUAUUUUGACCGGCGUAUUUCACUGUUUGUUGUUGGCCUCGGCCUUGCAAGUCGAGACGACACGAUUGCAAUUUUAUUUGAGUUAAUAUGUGUUUUCACAAAUCCAGUAAUUUUCGUCGAAAAUUGCUUGUAACUUACUUUUACGAUUAGAUAUCUACACAUUGAUUGUUUAGCUUUUAUCUAAAAUAGUAAAUUAUUCAUGCACCUGACGUGCUAUUAGAAUUGAAGGUUAUUAUUUCUAUUUGAAUAAAAAGGAUUUCACACAAGGUGAAAUAUGUUGAUAAAUCAGGAUCCACAGUGGAAUGGUGUUGCAGCACCUGAAAUUCAGAUGUUUCCAGAUCUUGAAUUAAUGGAUGGGGAUUGUUUACCUUUCUCAGAUGAUUUAUUUCAGUCUUUAAAUCCUGAAUUAAGUGUUCCACUGUUCUUAGAAGAUGAAAUACCUUUCCACAUAGAAAAUGAUUUUGAUAAUCAAAUCACAAAUGAUGUUUCUUUAGGAGAAACUACAUCAUGUUUAGAAGAUUACCAUGUCCAUAGUUCUCAACAAAAUUCUGUCACAAAUUUAAAUUUAACCAACAAUAUAAAAAUGGAAGAAAUUAAGCUGGAACCUAUAAGUCCUUAUGUACAAUUUCCAUUAUCACCUGAAUCAAGCCAUUCAGAAUCCAGUAGAUCUGAAUUACAAGUAGAAUCGGACUCUGUUCUUCCAUUCUGUGAAUUUAAAUCGACUCCAGAGACACCACCGAUUUCACCACCUCAAAAUAUUUCUCCGUCAAUGUCACCCGAGCCAGUAUUCAAUGCAAGUAUUGCAAAGCAGUUAAGAUUUACACCCAUUAAAUGUCAGGAAAGAAAAUCUACGAAAUUGAUUCUUUCCAAAGCCAAUUCAACCAAACAUAUUAGAGUUCAACCAAAGACACAGCCUGCAAACAAUGAACAGCCUCGAAAUACUAUUUUCUUAAGUACACAAAAUUUACUUACAUUCACACAAAAGGUUAAACAAAACUGCACAUCGUACCCUCUUAUGACUCAUUUAUUACCAGCCAACGGAAAUAAUCUUGUUAGUGAAAAUUCAGUACAAUUUUCACCAAUCCAAAUAAAAGCAGAAACGAACGCGGCACAAGUGAAUCCUACGAAUAGUGCAGAUAUGUAUGUAUCAGGAACAGAAUCAAAUACUGCUAUUACAGAUGCAUCUUUAAUUUUGAGAAAUGAAACAGCUGGAUGUACUUCAAUAGUUCUAAAGAAUGACACAUCUGGUUGCAGGCCAAUAUUAAUUAGAGCAGAACAUUCGAAUUAUGCUCCGAUUGUUAUAAAAAAUGAAAUCCAAGAUGUUAAUUUCACUGGACGACAAGAAAAUGAGAUUAAAGCACUGAAAAGACAACAGAGAAUGAUAAAAAACAGGGAAUCUGCUUGUCUAUCACGAAAAAAAAAGAAAGAAUAUGUAUCUUCGCUGGAGAAACAAAUUUGUAAACUGCAAGAGGAAAAUAAACAGUUAAAGAUGGAGAAUACAAACCUCAAACAGAAACUUUCUGCAUUGGGGAACACAGCGAAUACUAAUAAGAAAUAUGGGAGCAUAAAUCUCAAUGCAAAUAAAAAGAAUGUUGCUAUUCUUUUGGGUAUGGCUUUUAUGGUAUCCUUAAAUGUCAAUACGUUUAGCAACGUUCUCUCAAAAGAUAACCGUUUAAAUGUGUUGCCUGUUAACAUUGCUACCAAUACACCAUAUAUUAGACAUGGAAGAACAUUGCUUUGGUCACCUAAAGAUCAAGUUCAACAAGAAGAGGACAAAAAUUUCCGUAAAAAUAUAUCAGUACUCCAACCUAUGUGUCCGAUGUAUAUAAAUAAAAGCGAAUCGAUUCGUUUGGAUUACGAAUUAAGACGAUGGAUCGGUGGAGAGUCCGAUCAAGAUAAUUGGUUUACAUCGAAAACCUCAAAAUUUGACGAGAAAUUUUUGGGAGGAUUGCUAUCACCAUAUAUAGUACAGAAAAAGACUAAAUAUAAGCACAAUUUACCGCGAAAAAGCAAAUCUGAGAUACUUCGAAAAACUGCAAGUUCUACCAUUACAAAUGCAGUGGAGGUUUUUUCUCCGACAUUAAAAGAACAUGCAUCUUUAUUUGAAGCAUUGGGCAGAAGAGACGAUACAUUUUACGUGGUUUGGUUCAGCGGAGAGCAUUUGCUUUUACCAGCUUCGAGAAAAAAUAGUACGGGCAGACCGAAAAUGUCGUUGGUUCUUCCUGCACUACCUACAAAUGAAACAUUUUCAACGCCCGCAAAUCAUAUAACUAUGAUGCAAAUCGAUUGCGAAGUUACCAAUACACAGUUAUUGCAUUUGCAACAAUCAGUAAUACCAAAUCAUUUGAAAAACAGUGAUAGAUCCGGAAAUGAAACACGUCAAACUCACGCGACUAAUGAUGUAUCCGAUGCUAUUGCAGAAGAUAUCGCUAAGAGCUAUAAACCUUAUUUUAUAAAAGAAUCUAGUCAGAAGAUUUUUCAAAAAAGGAAUUUGAAAAAUACUUACGAAUUUAAUCUGGAAGAAGUAAAAACAGAAAUGUUAAAGAAUUCGCAGAAAGCGAGAACACAAACAAAAUUCAUGGAAACACAAAGGAACAAAAAUGAAACUAUCUAUGGCACUUAAAUCUUUGGUCGUGUGAUAGUUUCUAUGCGAAAUUGUACAUGAGUAGAGUUCAAAAAAUGGCCGAUAUGAAAUAAUACUUAUAAAUAAAUCAUAAAUUCGGUAGACAGA